AUGCAACCGCCAACGCUUGCGUACACCGCUGUGAACGCACGGCAGACUCUACAGCGCCCGGUGCCUGCGGUGCAGCCAAUCCAGCAGCCGCAGAAGGUGUCGUGGAACACUGACGUUCGUCACUACGUUUCACGUGCUUUUGACCCGGAUAGCGAGAUGCCUGGCAUCACGUCGGCGAUGAUGCAGGAGAAGUUGAAGUUUGUGAUCACACAUGCAGCGGAAUCACAUCAGCUGGGAGACAUAGAUUGGGGUACAUAUCCACUUCCACAGCAAUUGAUCAAAGAAGAGCUUGAGCGCGCGGCUCUGCAGAGCAACCCCGCUGAAACUGAAGCUAACAGUAAUACGUCUACGGUAUCAGCCAUACAUGGCUUCUCUUCACCUUUGAAACGGAAGAACGGCGAUGUAGACAUGACUGGAGUCGAGGAACUCGAGGUCACGCCACCGUGGAAGAAGAACAAUACCAGCAAACUCAGCAUGGAGGACCGCAUUACCGGCAAAGGCAAGGGCAAGAACGACAAGAAGCAAAAAACUGUGAAAGUCUCACGCUCGAAUGCCCUUAGCACCGACCCGGACGUUCUGGAAAAGCGCAAGCAGCGCUUUGGCCAUGUGACCCCCGAGCCCUCUCCUUAUCUUUCUUCUCAUAAUGAAUCGCCUAAGCCAACCGAUGGACCGCUAGUGGGUACAUGCCAAACCAUCGAGAAAAGCUACUUCCGUCUGACUGCGCCCCCUCCACCGGAUGUUGUAAGGCCUCUACCAGUCCUGGAGAAAGCACUGAACCAUGUCCGGAGCAAGUGGAAAAGAGAGCACAACUACAGGUAUGCGUGCGAUCAGCUCAAGUCUUUGCGCCAGGACCUCACAGUGCAACAUGUCCGGAAUGACUUUACGGUCAAGGUCUACGAGGUCCACGCUCGCAUCGCUCUGGAGAUGAAGGAUCUUGGUGAGUACAACCAGUGCCAGACCCAGCUGAGGGCGCUUUACAAGCUGGGUUUGGGCGGCAAUCCUGAAGAGUUUACUGCUUAUCGCAUUCUCUACAUCCUUUAUACGUGCAACCGGGCGGACAUGAACGAUGUGUUGGCCGAUCUAACCGCAGCAGAUAAGAAGAAGGCAGGUGUGCAGCAUGCGCUGCAGGUUAGGGCAGCUUUGGCUUCUGGCAACUACCACAGAUUCUUUAGGCUAUAUCGAGACGCACCCUUCAUGAGCCCGUAUCUGCUUGACAUGAUUAUUGGACGCGAGCGGCUGGCCAGUAUGGCCUCAAUAUGCAGAGCGUAUAAGCAAGAUGUCAACCUACAGUUCAUAGUAGACGAGCUGGCUUUCAACGCCGAGGACCCCGACACCGACACCGAACCUGAUCCCGCCGUUGGCCGUACCCAAUGCAUCGCAUUCCUGUCGCAAAAUGGAGGUGAACCGUUCAUCGAGCGCAGAAACGACGGCGAAAUACGCUUCCAUACCGCAAAGGCCAUUGCAACAUUCGAGGGUGCCAAGGGUGCCGCAUUCCGUUCCGUGGACAUCAAAGGCCAGAUCUAA